UUAAAGUUCUUGGAAGAUCAACUCAGAGAAAUGGAAGAGCGAGCUGAACACGGGGAACGGGAGGUGGCGAAGUUAGAUACGAUCGUGGCUGGCUGUCGACACGAGCUCAAUACAUGGGUCAGGAAGACCGAAGGAAUACGAGAUGAGGUAAGGUUCAUCCAUGGAGAGGGAAGAUUGCUUUGGUUAAUGUGGCUAAACAAACUCUAAUACAUGAUUCUAGCUAAGACGAAAUUUUGAACGAAAUCCACUACCAUAGCUGGAAAGAGCAUCUUAAAAUGAGUAACAGUGCAAAGUUUGGUUGCGAAUUGUUGUAAAAUGAGGAAAAAGCCCUGUGAAGUUCGCAAAUUUCGUCAUAUAUUUGAUUUUUAACGCGCGUAAUACAAAUAUAUACGAAAUUUGCGAAUUUCACAGGGCUAUAUUUUCUUUAUUUUACAACGUUUAGCAACCAAUCUUUGCAGUUUUACUCAUUCUAAGACGCUCUUUCUAGCUGUGGUGUUGGAUUUCGUUCUUCUUGCCUUGAUCAAAAUUCAGUCUAUACCUGGAAUCACCAUUGGAAAUUACAAAAUCGAGCAGCUCGAAUAACUACUAGGAGGAACUAUGAAAUAUGCUCUUGCCACAAUUUGUAUAACUUAAAUUGGGCGACACUAAACAAAAAUCUUGUCUAAUUUUCGAAAUAUUCCACAAGUUAGGCCCCAUCUUAUCUUUCACGGCCAUUUUUAAUCGAGCAAACUUAAUUCCUACUGUGAUCACAGAAACUUUGAUAGUGUAAACCAGGUUUUAAACGCACAUUAUGUUAAUGAGAUGUGUGUUGUUGUUAAGCGCGCAUUAUGUUAAUGAGAUGUGUGGUAUUUUCUUUUCACAGGUCGCACAGAUAGAAAGCAUGGCUGAUGAGCAAUUAGAAGAACAUUCACAGUAUCACCAUCGUGAUCACCACGAAUCACAACGGGAGCCCGAACCCGAAUCUGAUCCGGAGCCUGAACCCGAACCGGAGCCCGAACCGCAGGACGAAGAGGAGCCGGAACCUUCCGACGAAGAACCGGAGGAGGACUAGAAACUAGUUAGAAUCUGAGAGUUGAUCGAAUAUCAGGACAAAAGAAUGAUAUAUGUUGUAGUAGUUCAAUUUUGAAUAAAGUAUGCAUUUUUGAA